AUGUAUUUUUUCGGUAUACUGCUAUUGGUUGUUUGCUCUAUUUUCGUGGUCCAAGCUUGUUUUCCAUCACAGAUGAAUGGAUUACAAGCACAGCCAGGACCACCAGGACGAGAUGGCAAAGAGGGACCUGAAGGACCGCUGGGAAGGAUGGGGAAUGCUGGCCCGAAAGGUGAACGGGGACAGCGGGGACCACCGGGGGAGCAAGGUGAGGCGGGUGAUAGAGGAGAACCGGGGCCAAAAGGACUGAAAGGUGAGCGUGGACCACAAGGACC